AUCAAUACAAGUGGCAUUUUAAUAAACAGGAGUUUUAUUUGUUAACUAUUGAAAGUUUAACCAGCAUUACUUAGAAGGCAGUUCAGUUAUUCUUGUUCCGCACUGCUCUUGUAGUUUAAUUUAAGAACUAUUGAUGCAAAACUCGGGUUGUUGAAGCCGGAGGAGGGAGGGUGGAGGAAGGGUCUGCUGCUUUUCUUGGAUACAAAUUUGCAUUUUUUCCAAACAUUAAACAGAUGUAUGCAUUCACUUGAGCUUUCACAUAUAAUCUGCCUUUAAGAAAAUACAUACCAUAUGAGAUGAUAGCGUUUUUCUUUAAUAUGCCGAAUCUAAAGUACUCAACUGUUGGGGUGAUUGUAGUGAGGUGCAGACCACCCAACCCCCAAGCAAAAUACACACAUAUAUGCUUCUUAUAUUCCAAGGAAAAAAUUUUUCCGACACUUAAAUAACACUUCUAGCUAUAAGGAAAGAAUUGCCUGGGCAAUUUGGGGGUUAGAAAGAGGACAGUGUUUGAAAAGAAAUUAAAAAUUGCUUUUACGAUUAUAGCAGGAAUGUCAGCCUGUCUUUGCUGCCUCUGCCCUCCUAAUGGCUUUUUAAAAAUGCAAUUCAGUGGCUACAAUUUUUUCUGUUGUUUAUUAGAUUUCAUGCUGGAAUGCAUAUGAGUAUUUUUUCCUUUAAAAUGAACACUGAAAGGAUGAUUUUGUUUUGACACCCCCUCCUUUGUUUCACUUGAAAAAAUGAACCAAUGAGAAAUGGAGAUUGUAACAUGUAAUUGAUACCAAUUUAUUGAAGAGCUAUUCAGAUGAAAUUGUAGUCCAGAGUGGCAGUGCUUUAAAAUUUUAAAUAGAGUCCUCGAUUGAUUGUGUUGUUCUCGGGAUGGCAUGUAUCUUCUUUCCAGUAUAAUCCCAGAUACGUAAUUUAGAAGCAUUAUAUUUUGAGAUAAAAUUUUCUUCCCUUUCAAAGCUUUUGGACCCCCGAAUCUCAUUCUAAAACAAGAGACCAUCCCCCCAAACUUAAGUUGAUACUGUGUUUUGGGUGUUGGCAUUUUGAGUAUUUUAGAUGUGUAAUUGUUGGUCUCCCAUUCACAUUACAUAAUUUGGUGUCUUGUGAUGAAUAUUUUUGGUGAGCGUGACUAAAUUCAGGGUUAUGUUGGAAAAGCAAACCCCCCCCCCCCCCCCCCGCAAAUGGAAUCAACUUUUAAAAUUUGAGUCCUCCGAAAUCUUCCAAUUUAACAAACAUUUAUUGGGUGCCUGCUUUUUGCACUAUUGAUACCAUGCACUCCACUGAAUGAGAGUAGCAGGUUGGCACUGGGCAAGGAUUAGACGCUGCCUCGGACCACGUGGACUGGUGUUCUUGGACGCUACUGACAACACGGCUCUGACAGUGUUUCAUGACAAUGGACGGUGACAGUUCCACAACAGAUGCUUCCCAGCUCGGGAUCUCUGCAGACUACAUAGGGGGCAGUCACUAUGUCAUACAGCCUCACGAUGAUACUGAGGACAGCAUGAAUGACCAUGAAGACACAAAUGGUUCAAAAGAAAGUUUCAGAGAACAAGACAUAUAUCUUCCCAUUGCAAAUGUGGCAAGGAUAAUGAAAAACGCCAUCCCUCAGACAGGGAAGAUUGCAAAAGAUGCCAAAGAAUGUGUUCAAGAAUGUGUAAGUGAGUUCAUCAGCUUUAUAACAUCUGAAGCAAGUGAAAGAUGCCAUCAAGAGAAACGGAAGACAAUCAAUGGAGAAGAUAUUCUUUUUGCCAUGUCUACCUUAGGCUUUGACAGUUAUGUAGAACCUCUAAAAUUAUACCUUCAGAAAUUCAGAGAGGCAAUGAAAGGAGAGAAAGGAAUUGGUGGGGCAGUCACAACUACAGACGGACUAAGCGAAGAGCUAACAGAGGAGGCAUUUACUAACCAGUUACCAGCUGGCUUAAUAACUGCAGAUGGUCAGCAACAAAAUGUUAUGGUUUACACAACAACAUCAUAUCAACAGAUUCCUGGUGUCCAACAGAUUCAGUUUUCAUGAUCGGAAGAAGUGGUGGAGUGGGAAGUACACAGAAGCAGGAGAGUCUGUGUGAUUCCCAAGCCAGAGUCAUUGGAAGGAAAGGACUGGUGAAAU